AUGCCGAGAUCCUCUUCCAUUGCAGAUCAGUGGCAGGAGGAAGUGGUGUUGAUUCGUGCAGCGGUGGAGAUUAUGAGCCGCAGCUCCCACUACGAGGCUUGCAAAGGCUUCGCAGAGUGGCCGUCCUGCCCAUAUCGACCUCCAUUCGAUCUUGCACUAUGUGGGCAGGGCGCUCUUGGCUCCCUGGCCAUCCGAGUGGCCUCGGACACCACCCGCUGUCUAGACAUCGGAGGCAUCUUGUUUGAAGAUUUGCCCAGCGGGAGUCCAAUCCAUGUUUCGGAGUGCUUGCCAGAUCGCGGCGCCAAAGCUCAGCGCUUCCUCGUGCCGGAGGACAAAGGAGAGAUCAGGCUGGCAGAACACCCGACGAAGUGCCUGGGCAUCCGAGGUGAAGUCCGGCGCGGAACCCCAAUUCAACUCGAUGCGUGUGCCUCGACGCCGGAGGUCCACUCAAAUCAAAGGUUCGUAAUACCCGGCAGAAGUGGGCAAGUCCGAUGGGCAAAGAACCCAAGCUGGUGCCUUGCCGUUUCUGAAGGGGCUCUGGUUUUGGACCUUUGCGAUCAGCCAGGUCCAAACCGAUUCUUGUUGCCGGCGCUGGCCUUCUCCCAGCUCUGCAGAGAAGGUCUGGACAUGGGCACUGCUGGCCCAGGUGCUCCCUUACUGGCCGCCGCAGCUGCGCUGGCUGCUCUGGCGAUGAGAGGGCUGACAGUGCCGGACCGUGGGAGCUGCGAGGGAGCCGAGCGGCUUUGUGGGGCUGCCCUUCGGAGCGCAGGUAGACAAGGACUCGAGGUGAUGUGGCAAGAGGCAGAGUCUGCCCUGCUCGCAGGCCUCGCCCUGGAGGAAGCGCCGGCCCUGGAGACUUUGGCCAAGAUGCCGUGGCCUCUGACAGAGCUGCUGGCUGCGGCCUCCAGGAAAGGCCACGAUGCCGAGCAGGCAUCGGAGCGAGGCGGAAUCUGCGCCUGUGAUCUGAGACUUUGGCCGGUUGAGGAGGCACGAAGUGUUGCGGCUGCUCAGAAGGUCUUGGAGGAAAUCAAUGGCGGCCCGAAGACCUUGGAUACCUUGUCCAAGGCUUUGGAGUCUCCUAGCGCGAAGACCGCCUGCAGCGCCGCUUGGGGUGCCAGACUCGCCACUGCAGAGCAGCUCUUAAGGGAGCUGUGGGGGCUCCAUCCGGAUUUGCCCAUGGAGGAGUCCUUACCUUUGGCCGCCUCACUGCGGGACUCGGGCUGGGCCUUUGACGCCGGCAUUUGCUUGGUUGGGGUCGCAUCUCUGGGCAUUGUCUGCUCCACGCGCCAGCUUCUGAGCGGAGAUUUCUCCAAGGGCACAGAGGCUGCGCACGCGACGUAUGUCUGCCUGUCAGCUCUUCUGGGCUGCAUCGACCUGGGCCAGAUUCUGCCCCCGCCCUCCUAUGGGAGUUUGCCCGACUGGCAGGCACUGCGCAUGGACUUUGUCGAAGACUGGCCGGAGCUGGCGAUUUGGAUACCAGAUCCGCUGCGUUUUUUCUUCCAGGUGCAGGGCCCCGUCCUGCACAGCAGCCGCUGGUUGCACGGAAGUGAUGCUUCCGUGCGAGUGGCCUCUCUUCUAUCUUCCCGGCAGAGGAGGAAAGCAGCUUCUGCCGCUACGGCGUGCUCGGGUGUUUGGAACCUCACGAGGGACCACCCUUGUUGGUCGAUGCAAGGCGCCAGACGGGAUUCCAAGCAGGGGGAGGUGGCUCAGACGAGGAUCCUGGGGACCGGCCUGAUGAAGGCGGGGACGACGGUGAUUUGGCAAUGCCUGGCUGCAGCAGGGAACUUUUCCAUGGGCUUGGACUGCGACGGGCUGGCCGAGGCGCCGAUCGUGCACUUCACGGUCCGCCGCGAAGUCCCCCUGGAGCACCUCUUGGAUCUGUGCUUCGACGAGCUGUUCAGCUGGGAGAUCUCCAAGGAUGUCUUGCUGACUCCGGUGGCUCGGCGACUAGCCCACGCUUGGCCCGCACAGGGAACGCCAUCUGCCGGAGGUGUGGAGCGCCCAAGAGCUCUGGUGCUUAUGCAGGCUCAGGCAGACUUUCAGGGUGCUCAAGCUCCAGCGGCACCGAUUCAGGAUGGCGCCAGGGCAGGAGACUGGACGUGCCCGCUAUGCAACGGUCUUGUGUUCGCCAGUCGAAGCCAAUGCCGCAAAUGCGGCACGAAUAAGCCGGCAAGCUCUGCUGCCGCCGCUCCGACAGCCUGCGAGGUGCCUUCCGGCGGUAAGAGUGGCGACUGGAAAUGUCCCACCUGUGGAGACCUCGUGUUCUCCAGCCGAGGCCAUUGUCGGAAAUGUGGCGCCAGCAAGCCCGGAACCAGCUCUUUUUCCGGGGAUGGCAAAGACUGGGCCUGUCACCGAUGUGGAGAUCUUGUGUUUGGCAGCAGAAGCUCGUGCCGCAAGUGUGGGGCCGAGCGCCUCGUGACAGCCAAGCCGACUGUGCAAAUGCACACUGGCGAUUGGCGAUGCCCGAAGUGCAACGACCACCAGUUUGCGAGGAAUGAACGCUGCCGCAGCUGUGGAGAGGCUAGGCCCAGCACAUCUUGGCUGGGCACCGCUGUGGGCUUGGCACCGCCGUGCUACUGGACCUCCAAAGAGGGCGAUGGGCCACCUUGGCGGAUUGUGCCAGCUGAUGCUGCAGAGAUCGAAGCCCUGAGACUAGCGAUGGAUCCAGGUGGGAGCCUGGGCGGGCGCGAUCAGCGCACCGCAGGCAAGCACCAAGGAUUCCAACUCCACGGAGCGUGGCGCCUCCAGCAUCCAGGACUUUGGGGCAAGUAUGCCAUGGAGAGGGAGAAUCUGCGUCAGAUUGACAUGAAGUCGAUUUCGUCGGCCGUGCCAUCAGUGCAGCUGCGCCGUCAGUAUGUGGAGAUGGCCGAGAAGCUUCCGGCCGAGCUCUUUACCGAUGUCAACGAGGUCUUCCUCUCCCAUGGCACGGUGCCAGACAGCGUGCUCCCUAUCUUGAGUGGUGGCCUGAAUGAGCGCUUCAGCGGUGGCCUCUUCGGCAACGGAACAUACCUGGCUGAGGACAUUGGCAAGAAUGAUCAGUACUGCAGGGCUCAUUUUCCUGGGCAGCACCCGGAGUUGGAGAAGCUGCUUUACGACGAUUCUGGAAUCAGCCAUCCAGGUGAUGUCUUCUACAUGUUCGUGUGUCGAACUCUGCUGGGUUACAGCAUCCGCACGAGAGACGGCAGGUCUGAUGUGGACAACAAAGGUCGCAGCAUCUGGUCAUCUGAGAAGCGCGAGCUCGCAGCCAUACCGAGUUCAAGCCCGCCGGUACUUCACCACAGUCUUGUUGCAGAGACCGGUGGAGUCAUAGCCAACAGUGCCAAGGCUGCCAAAGGAGCGCCACGAAGGGCAGAGCGCUUUGUGCUGCGUGUCCGGCGAGUCGAGUUGUACAGUGCGACCUCGACGGUGCGGAACCCUUUUGACUUUGCCAGCUCCCUGCUGAGCCACAUGAGCCUGGACACCUUUGUGACUUCGGAGGAGGAGCAGAUCUUCUCUUGGGUCCCAGGGCGCUUGCCAAAACACUUCAGCCACGGCAAGCAGCAGUACCUGGACGUUGCGCUGAGCGGCUUGAGGUACAGUGGGUAUGUCGAUGCGGUCGUGCAGCGAUGGGUUCUGGUAGUCGACGAGUACCUUCAGUGCCCCCGGGACUUCGUCCUGGUGCGUUACGAGGACUUCUCAUCCGACCCUGUCGCAGAGACGCGAAAUCUCCUGCAUGCGCUGGGAUUCGGUCACCUCUGGGGGCAGGGAGCGGAGGAGCGGGUCCAUCAAGUGGCAGAGGUGCAAUACCAGACAAAGGGCCAGCAUGGCAGAAACCCCGAGGAGGUCUUUGGCCCUCGGAUGCUCGCCCGCGUGGUCGUUGCAGUCCAGACCCGGGCAGAGCUUUUGGGAUACGGGGCGCUGCUGCCAGCCGUCAAGGCCGUGCCCGAAGAUUGGCCGGCGAUUGAUGUGCCACCCACACCCGUGGUGGGCAGCGCAUGCUGA